AAACUGGCAUGUCAAUUUUAAAAUCGGUAUUUUACUGUGCCCAGCUUUAAGUUUGUAAAUGUAAAUAAAACCGGAUAAAAUAAAUACGUAGUGGCCACGACAACACACAAAGAGGUCUGCCUGGCAUCAAACCGGUCAGUUUUCCUCAUCGUAAUCAUACCGUCGCGAACCUGCAGCGUUCGUGGUUGCGUUACCGCUGACAAAUCGUGUUUUGUUUUAAUUAACUCUAAAAUAAACAAAUUUAAUGUUAAUUAGUGUGUGUUAGCAAAAAAAUACUCACAAUGAAGGUGCUCGUGCUGAGUUUUGUGUUGUUUUUAAUCACAGUGUGUUGCGGACAGUCUGUGGGUAAUUCCACAAUUCCGACUUUGCACAAUGGACUCACGGAAAAAAUCGGCAAUUUUUCCCUCGAACUCUUAUAUCACACGUCGAAAGCGCAACCGAAGGAGAAAAAUCUGAUUAUAUCUCCUAUAACUGUAUGGACCAUUUUAGCAGUCGUGGCGGAAGGCGCCGUUGGAAACACGCUAGCCCAGAUAAACAACGCUAUUCGUCUUACGAGAAGGACACAAGACACUACCAAAAUGGAGUACAUAGAUCUGGCGAAGUGGUUACAAGUCAAAACAGCUACCAUUGAUCUUGCAAAGGUGAAUGCCAUGUUCAUUGAUCAGCAACGCCUGCCCGAACAAGACUUCAGAGAUCUAGCCAAAAAUUUCUACGACACCAACUUGGUUGCUCUAGAUUUCAGCAAAGCUGAAUUAGCAGCUGACAGCCUAAACAAGGCGAUUGAAACUGCAACGCGCGGUAGGAUACCUAAAUUAGUGUCGCCUGAACUAUUUUCAAACUCCAUAAUGGUGUUGACGAGCGCCCUGUACUUCAAAGGACAAUGGACCGUGCCGUUUAAUUCAUCGAGCACGUCAAAAAUGCCGUUCUACAGCAGCGAUGGAAAGAAAAUUGGUGAAGUCAACAUGAUGUACAAUAGACAUACAUAUCCGUUUGCCAACCUCAAGGAUCUUCAAGCUCGCGUUAUUGAGUUGCCGUACGGUCAAGAGAAUCGUCUGUCUAUGCUCGUCAUGGUCCCUCAUCCCGGGGUAUCACUAGAAAACAUGUUCUUCAACUUCAAGAAUGUAACGUUAGACAAAGUUUUCACCGAACUAAGGAUUGCAAGAGAAGAUUACGGUGAAGACGAGGUGGACUGUUUCCUUCCUCGUUUCAAGAUUGAAUCGACUAUUGAUAUGACAGAGACCUUGAGGAGACAAUUUGGUAUUACUGAUUUGUUUGACUCUGAGCAAGCCAGGUUAUCUAAAAUAGCAAGAACCCCUCUGUAUGUGUCGAAAAUGGUACACAAGGCAGAAAUAGAAGUGACGGAGGUGGGAACUGUCGCGACUGGUGUGACUGCAGCAGAAUUCAGUAAUCGCUUUGGUGUCAUCCGUUUUGAAGCAAACCGGCCUUUCACUUACAUGAUCGUUGAGAGGGUGACAAACUCUAUUGUCUUCGGUGGAUUUUACCAAGAACCAUCUUUGUACUGAUUUUAAAUAAUGUUAUCUACAUCCUUUAUUUGUGGAGAUUACUCAUUAUUUUUAAACUAGACCAUAAAAAAUGUCACAACCACAACUUAGGGAUAAAAAUACAUUCCGUUCCGUCUGUGAUGAGAAUCCAUCCUUAUUAGCAAUUAAAAUUUUAUAAACAGAUUUAUUUAAUGUUUUCAAAUCAAAUGUCUCAAUGAAAUUGAGGUUUUCAAUUUGGAUUCUUGAAAAUAAUUUAAUUUUAAUAUGAAGAAAUGUAUCUGAUGAACUACUCACUAACAUUAUUUAUAUUUGACCAGCAAAAUGAUAUUUUUAAUUUUAUCUGUCAUUAGAGAAUUACCAACCACCUUCUGAUAGAUCAUUUUGUAAGUAAUGGGUAUCUAACAACCAGAACAAUUAAGACAAAAUUAAUGUUUGUUUCAAAGCGGAAACUAAGCAUGUAACAGUAGUCAGUACACUACAAAAACAGACUUUACUCAAAGUGCCUAGAGGUCACAAAUUAAAAAUCAGCUGGUAUUGUCACAAAAAAAUUGUCACAACUUUUUGGCUGAGAACAGUUAAUAAUUUAAAAUGAGAUUGUUAUCUAUGAGAUCUUUAUGUUCCUUAUAAAAACAUGACAAUAUUUCAUGGUCACUCAGAUCAUCACAUAGCUUUAUUUUAACCUUGUCUGUUGACACUGUAAUGAGACGCCUGUGUUCAUUCAUAUCAAAAAAGAUCAGAGGUCGCACGUUAUUUGUACAUAAAUAAGAAUAUUAUUUCCUGAAAUAGUAUGUAAUGGCUUGCAAUAAGAUGUAUUUUCGUAUGUUUUGUAGCAAAAAAUAGAUUGUUUAACUAAGAUAUUGUUUUGAUUUAAUAAUUUUGGACACAACUAGAAUCUGUUUAGUAAUAAUUGUAAUAUAUUUAUUUAUUUCCUGAAUCUCAAUUGGAUCUGUUAACCAACUUCAAACAGUAGGAGGUUUUUCAAUGCAUAUUUUUGUCAUUUAGAUUAAUCAAG